UUACUCUCGUUAUUUUGCGACUAAACUCUUGCUAAAUUUCUACUAAAUUUCUGCGGUUUUUGUGCGGUUUGCGCUUCGAUCAAGACUUUAACAACAGUUUCCAAGAUCAAAAUCAGGAAAUUAUGGUUGGGAGUGAGAAUGUGUUGAGUGUGUUGGAAUUGUUAAGGGUCUUGACUUCGUUCCUCCUCCCCCUGUAUGCAGAAAUUGAGAUGUCUUCAGAAGAGGCGAGGAGUGUAGUGGGAAGUGAGGUAAUGCCCUUGGAGUAUGGUGGCAUGGAUUCGGAGACCAGUUCUUCUCCAACUAGCUCGGAGAGGACAGUGGAGGAUAGAAGGGGGCAAAGGGUAGUAGAAGAGGAGGAGGAUGAAAUCCCCUCAAACAUUUUGGAGGCUGGGAAUGGCAUAGAUGGGUGUUAUGAUCCAUAUUUGGAGAUAGUGUCUGAGGUGAGGGGGUAUGUGAGUGAAUUAGGUAGUAGGGAGAGUCUUAGGGGCCUUGUGGUUUGUUGUUGUUAUCAUCGAGUAUUAUCACAUCUUGGAUUUCGUUUGGUGGAUUUGAGACUCGCCGUAAUCGCAGCAAUCGAUGGGUGUCGAAGGGGAAGACAAAAGCAGAAAAUGAUGGGGUCUCGUCCCUUCGAUGAUGAUGGCUUCAUUGGCUACGAACCUUGCCUUCCGUCUCAGCGAUUUGACUCGUUCUCCAACUUCGACGUUGGCUCAGUCAAGGACUCAGUCUAUGACUCGCCGCCAAUAUUCAGCAGUCAGUCAUACAACUCUAGAGAUGACGUGUUCGUAUCUCAACCGAUUCUUGAGACUCCGUCGCUGCUACCAAUCCGUGGCGGUAGUGGUGGAUUCUUGGAUUUCUCAGCUGAGGAGAACGGAAACGAUCUCGACGGUAAUGUUUUGAACCUCACCCACUUCCGCGUCAAUUACAUCCUUCUCCUUCUCCCGGUCCUCUUCUUCAGCCUAAUCUACCAUCCCUUCUCCCUAAUCAUCCUCCUCGUCAUCCUCAUCGCUUGGGUCUUCCUCUACUUGGCUCGCGAGGAGCCACUCCUGCUCUGCAGCUACAUCAUCACUGACCGUGUGGUUGCAGAAGCGCUUUUCGUGAAAACAGAGAUAAUGGCCGGACCUCACCAUGAUGCAGUUUCCGGCCACCUCCUAGCUUCAGACAAAGUCCUUGCAGAUUUUGAACCUGUAAAAAGGCCAAAAAGAAACAAAUUUGCCUUUGUUUGUGCCAUACUCGCUUCCAUGACUUCCAUCUUGCUUGGUUAUGACAUCGGUGUGAUGAGUGGAGCUGCGAUCUACAUCCAGAAAGACCUCAAAAUCAGCGACGUUCAGGUGGAAAUACUUAUUGGCACACUCAGCUUGUAUUCCUUAAUCGGCUCCGCCGCUGCUGGAAGAACCUCGGAUUGGCUUGGUCGCCGGUACACCAUCGUGCUCGCAGGUAGCAUUUUCUUCAUCGGAGCUCUCCUCAUGGGGUCUGCUACAAACUAUGCUUUCCUCAUGGUGGGUCGAUUCGUGGCUGGUAUCGGCGUCGGCUACGCCCUCAUGAUUGCUCCCGUUUACACCGCCGAGGUCUCUCCAGCGUCCACCCGUGGCUUCCUCACCUCAUUUCCUGAGGUGUUCAUCAACAUCGGAGUAUUAUUGGGAUAUGUAUCCAAUUACGCAUUCUCGAAGCUUUCGACGCACUUGGGGUGGCGGAUGAUGCUUGGAGUGGGUGCAAUCCCCUCCGUGGCCUUGGCCAUUGGGGUCCUUGCCAUGCCGGAGUCGCCACGGUGGCUGGUGUUCAUCAACGCCGGAGGAUUAGUGGGAUAUAUAUCCAAUUACGCAUUCUCGAAGCUUUCGACGCACUUGGGAUGGCGGAUGAUGCUUGGAGUGGGUGCAAUCCCCUCCGUGGCCCUGGCCAUUGGGAUCCUUGCCAUGCCGGAGUCGCCAAGAUGGCUGGUCAUGCAAGGCCGCCUUGGUGAGGCCAAGAGAGUCCUUAACCAAACCUCCGAUUCCAAAGAAGAAGCUCAGAUAAAGCUUAACAACAUUAAAGAAGCUGCCGGAAUCCCUCUAAACUAUGACGACGACAUUGUUCAGGUUACAAAACGCAGUCACGGCGAAGGUGUCUGGAAAGAGUUGUUUAUCUACCCCACUCCUCCCGUCCGACACGUCUUAGUCGCUGCCAUUGGAAUCCACUUUUUCCAACAAGCCUCAGGGAUUGAAUCCGUCGGACUCUACGGUCCAAGAAUCUUUAAAAAGGCUGGAAUCACAUCCAAUGGCCACCAGUUACUUGCUACCAUAGCCGUUGGAUUCGUCAAGACCACUUUCAUAUUAGUUGCCACGUUUCUACUAGAUCGGGUCGGGCGGCGGCCAUUGCUCCUCAGCAGCGUUGCCGGAGUGAUAAUUUCGUUGGGCACCCUCGGAAUAGGGCUCACAAUAAUCGAUCACUCAGAGAAAAAGCUAACGUGGGCACUGGUGCUCUGCAUCCUAAUGGUCCUAUCUAACGUUGCCAUGUUUUCAAUCGGAAUGGGGCCAGUUACUUGGGUGUAUAGCUCGGAGAUCUUCCCGUUGAGGCUCCGUGCGCAGGGGGCGAGUAUGGGAGUGGCGGUGAAUAGGGUGACGAGUGGGGUUAUAUCCAUGACAUUCAUUUCACUGUACAAAUCCAUAACGAUAGGCGGCGCAUUCUUCCUAUACGGCGGAGUUGCGACGGUGUCAUGGAUUUUCUUUUACAAGUUCUUGCCAGAAACUCAGGGGAAGACGUUGGAAGAGAUGGAGGGGUUGUUUGGGAAAUUCAAUUGGAAGGGUUCAAAGGAAAAGAAGGAAAAUAAGGAACUUGAAGGCAACGGCGGUCAGGUUCAAUUAGGAAAUGCCAAUGGGGAAAGAUCGGCGUAAGGGUAGUUUAGUAAAUAUAUGUGUGCUAAGAAGUUUUAGAUCACAUAUAUUAUCCUUAAAAAUUGCCUGCCAGAUGGAUGAGAAAGGAGUUAGGGGCAUCCAAGAAUUGAAAAUUAAAUAAAUUGAGAAUCUUUUCUCACCCUAAAGUCUCAAAUAUUUUGACGUUUUUAGGAUACUCAAAAGCUUUCUAAUUAUGAUCUAUAUUGAUGCAAAAAUUGGUGUUUAGUUUAAAAAAUGUGUUUUUUUAGU